UCUGACAUAUGCGAGUUGGGUCUACCCUGUAUGAUGAGGAUUACGGUUAUGCGGUGUGAAUUAAGUCGCAUCCGCGAUACCUCGCUGGUUUUAUCCUGGGCGAGGUCUAAACUUCGAGAAGCCUCUCAUGGACAUUUCAGCCUUCACUGGAAGUCUGGAUACACGUGUCCUUCAAGGAGGAGUCUGGUCUCGAGUUUCUAGGUGAGAGAAAUCUCACUAUAACACAUCCGAUGAUGAAUGGAAGUUCCAAGGCAACAAACAACUCAAUACCUCUGCAAUCUCUGUCCGAGGAGUUCUCAACAUGCUUUGGAAAAAUCUGACCCCAAAUGAUCAGCGCCCAACCAUUAUGCUCGGCCGUGGUGACCCCACUGAGUUUCCCAGCUUUCAGACCACCCCCGCCGCUGUCGAAGCCGCCGUCGACGCUCUCCGAUCUUCCAAUUUCAAUUCUUAUUCUCCCACAGUUGGCGUCCCUCAGGCCAGGAGAGCGAUUGCAGAGUACCUCUCAAGUGACCUCUCGUACAAAUUAUCAGAAGAUGAUGUUUACCUCACAUCAGGUUGCACACAAGCAAUAGAACUUGUUAUAUCAGUUUUGGCACAGCCGGGAGCCAACAUUCUACUGCCAAGACCAGGCUACCCACAAUAUGAAGCUAGAGCUGCAUACGAAAAGCUCCAAGUUCGCCAUUUCGAUCUUGUUCCAGAAAAGGGUUGGGAAGUGGAUCUUGAUUCUGUUGAAGCUCUAGCUGAUGACAACACUGCAGCAAUUGUUAUAAUUAAUCCCAGUAAUCCUUGUGGAAGUGUCUAUAAAUACAAGCAUCUGAAAAAGAUUGCUGAAACAGCUAGGAAGCUUGGAAUUUUGGUGAUUGCUGAUGAGGUUUAUGGACACUUGGUGAUUGGGAGUAAUCCAUUUGUGGCUAUGGGAGAGUUUGCAUCAAUAGUUCCAGUUCUUACACUUGGCUCCAUAUCAAAGAGAUGGAUUGUUCCUGGUUGGAGACUUGGUUGGAUUGUCACAAACGACCCCAAUGGCAUCCUUAUAAAAACUGGGAUAGUGGAGAGCAUUAACAACUGCCUGAACAUCACCAGUGACCCUGCAACCUUCGUUCAGGGAGCAGUUCCUCAGAUUCUUGAGAAAACAAACAAUGAAUUCUUUUUGAAUAUUAAGAACAUAAUGAGAGAAGCUGCAGAGUUUUUGUAUGAAGCAAUAGAGGCAAUUCCGUGCCUCACUUGUCCACAAAAACCUGAAGGAUCCAUGGCUGUUAUGGUUAAGAUAAACUUACCACUACUAGAAAACGUUGUCGAUGAUGUAGACUUUUGUCUGAAGCUAGCCAAAGAGGAAUCUGUAAUUUUCCUGCCAGGUGUUGUUGUUGGGCUGAAAAACUGGGUUCGAAUCACUUUCGCCGCUGAGCUUCCUUGUCUUGAAGAUGCUCUUGGGAGACUAAAAGUUUUCUGCCAAAGGCAUGCCAAGAAGCCAUGAUAUUUUUACUACAGAUCUUAGGUAGCUUAUGGUUAGAAAGGAAUGAAAACAUUAAAAUAGAAAUGAGAAUAAGUAUUAAGUAUAGAAUGAAAUCAGAUUUAAAAUGCUUAAAAAAAAUUGAUAAAAUUAUUUCAUUUCCAUUCUAUUUCAUUUCAUUACCUCCAUUCAAAUGUCAUCCUAAUAUGAAUUCAUCUGUUUGAGUUCAACUUGGAACGCAUUCUCCUAAGAGCUGUUUAGAGUCUUUAGACAAACCAUUUGCCAAUAAAUUAUAAGAUUUUUAUAAGCAAUUUGAUUGUGAUCAACAACACUGUUGGUUGAUCUUAUCAUCUGCUUGCUCCUUCCAGGA